AUGCAGAAACAGCAGCAGCGGCGCGUGGCACCACGUCCCGGGGAGCACGGCGGCGGUGCGGACGCGGCCCCGGCGGCAGGCGCGGACGAAGCGCUGCAGGUGCUGCAUUCGGUUGAGGCGCCAGCGCGGGCUUCGGCGGAUGCGGCGGCGGCGCAGCGGCCCAAGCUGCUUCCAGAGGAGGGGUGCCUGUCCCUCGCAUGGGCCGCCUACCAAGACGAGAUUGACCAUGGAAGAGGGCAGCCGGAAUGUCAUCAGCAGCACCAGCAGUCGUUCCAAGAGAUGCAGCAGAGGCUGCAGCAGCUGCGGCGGCAGGAAGAGCAGCGGCAGCAGCAGCAUCGGGAGCAGCAGCUGCUGCGAGAGCAGCAGCGGGAGCAGCAUCGGGAGCAUCAGCUGCUGCUGAGGGAGCAGCAGGUGCUGCGAGAGCAGCAGCAGCAGCGGGAGCGGGCCCAGCGGGCCCAGCAGCAGCUGGAUGAAUUGAUGCUAGAACGACGGCGGCUAGAGGAGCAGCUGCGCCCUUCUUUGGGUAGCACUGGAGGAGUUAACGGGUCGUUGCGGGCAGACGGCGGCGGCAACGGCAGGAGCGAGGGCACCGGCAAUCCGGCGAGCGAGACCAAGGAGCAGGCCACCGUCGACAAAACCAAGACGACCGACAAGAACCACCUGCCGGCCGGCGAAGGCGAACCAUCUUUGGCCGAGGCGCCACGGCCCCGGCUCGGCCUGGGCGCGGCGCCCCCGCCCCUGCAGACCGCUGCUGGCGGCAAAGUUGCGCCACCAGACAGGCUGGGCGGACCCACAUCCAAGGCGGCCAGCGUCGCCGCGGCACCGAUGAACCCCUCGCAGGCGGCAGAGGAAGGAACAGGCGCGCUUGUGCCCGGCGCGCCUGUGCCAGAUUGGGCGACCGAUGCGCGCCACAACGCCCCGCGCUGGCUGGAGGACUCCCUCAAGCAGUAUGAGGCGCAGGGGCGCAUUGGCAGGGACCCGCUGGCCUCGUUCAGAACAUCAAUGGAGGAGCUGGCCUGCAAAAUCCCAAUAGACAAGGCCUCCGGCAAACCCGCCAUUGAUCAAGAGACUCUCGAUUUCUUCGAUGCCUUGUUCGCCGCACGCUACACCAAGAGCGGCGGCGAGGCGCUGCUGCUGAAAAAGCAGAGGCAGCUGGCCGCGGCCCCGAAGGUCGGCGCCAACUGCGCGCUCCGACGAGGGCUGCUGAAACGGGGCAUCGCGGCGCUUAGGGCCGCUCUUGAGCGUGAGCGCGGCGAGGCAAAGCGCGCGGCACGCCGGGAGGCCGAGCGCACGCAGCAGCCGGCCACGCCGAAGCCGGAGCGCCCGCGCCUGCCGGCGCCGCUGCGCGGGGGCGUGGGGCUGGCAGCGCCGGCGGAGCCGGAGGUUGCGCAUGUGCUGUCCCUUGCGGCUGCGCUGGCUGCUGCUGCGGCGGCGGACGCGGCCGCUGCGGUGGCCCGCGGUGAGGCGCCUCCCCCACCUCAUGAGUCAGAGUCAGCUGCGCCGCCGGCGGCAGCGCCAGGCGCGGCCGCCCCAGCCGCGGCUGCCGCUGCGAGCCACGGGUGCUGCGGCGGCGGCAAAGUCGCCUGCUUUGAGGGCUGCGGCGCCGCCACGCCCUGUGUGGAGGGGCGAGCAAUUGCUGAGGGCGAGGCGCGUUUCCUGAUCAGCUGCAGCCAGCGGGCCUGCCGCGGCGCGCGCGCCCACGAGUCGUGCUACCGCCGCUCCUGCCUCGCCGACGACACAAAAGCGGCCGCCAAGUGUGCGUCGAAGUGCGGCCGCCGCGCGGCGGCGGCACCCCCGCGCUGCCCGAGGCAGGGGUGCGGCGGCCUGGUUUCGGAGGUGGUGCACAGGCGCGCGGGCGGCAGGACUCAGACAGUGUUUGAGCUGGAGAAGGGGCUGCUGAUGGCUGGGGCUGUGGCGGGGGCUGCGGCGGUCGGCCAGUGCGGCCAGCUGACUGAGGAGAAGGCACACGAGCAGGAGCGGGAGCAGGAGCAGGAGCAGGAGCAGCAGCAGGAGCAGGAGCAGGAGCAGGUGCAGGGCCACCAAGAGCUCCUCGGCGGUGCAGGCGGCGCCUCGGCCGGGCCGAUGACCGGCCUGCGGGCCCGCGGCGCAGGGGAGGCCGUCCUUUUGGGGUCCGCGGCGGCCGCAGAUGGCGGCAGCCCGGGGCCCAAGCUCAUCAGGGUGCUCAGGCGCGCGGCGUCGCCUGACGCGCCCCGGGGCGGCGGCGACUGCGGCGAUGCCUGCGGCAGCGGUGCAGUGGACGUGGCGGCGUCGCAGGCGCCGGCGGCAGAUUAG